UGUACACGUUACUUGCCGAGAUGGAUGGUUCGUCGUUGCUGAUCACCAGCCUUUGCUGGCUUACUCUGGAAACCCACGUCUCGGCUCUGUCGCCGCACAUCAUCGGCGGGAGAAACGCGAAGGAAGGGGAGUUCCCGUACCAGAUAUCGCUCCAGAGGAAGUACUACUUCGGAGGUGGUUCCUACCAUUGGUGCGGGGGCGCUGUGAUCGACAAGACUCACAUACUGACCGCAGCUCACUGCACCACAGGAAUUCCACUUGAAGAAUUCCUUGUUUUCCCCGGGAUACUGAACCUCUCGGAAACCAACUAUUACCCAAACUACACGCUUUCGGCAAUAUACAGGCACGAGGACUACAAUUCAUCCGACUAUUUCAACGACAUAGCCAUCUUAAAGCUGCAGCGAGAGCUCGUCUACUCGUCGGACGUCCAGCCCAUCGCGCUCCGCAGCGACAGCGUCCGGGCCGGCACGUACUGCGACGUCACCGGCUGGGGGCUCGUCAACGUGACCUCUGCGCUGUACCCGGACAUCCUGCAAGCGGCAGUCGUGCCAGUGGAGCCGCACGCCCUGUGCGCCGAGACCUACGACAUCACUGAAGGGAUGAUGUGCGCCGGCUACCCCAGGGGCGGCGUGGACGCCUGCUCGGGCGACUCGGGCGGGCCGCUGGAGUGCGCAGGCCUGCUGACCGGGGUGGUGUCCGCGGGAGACGGCUGUGCGCUGCCCAACCUCCCCGGGGUCUACACCGAGGUCUCCGUCUACCACCAGUGGAUCGAGCGGAAGCUCAGACUUUAGGCGCUGUAUCAUAACAUGUGCGAAUAAACACCUUUGUAUCAUA